UUGUCCCCGCUUCAGUGUAACUCGCGUGUGUGAGGAUGGAAGAGCAGCCGACGGCAGAGCAGCUGGCCCAGAUUGCGGCUGAAAAUGAGGAGGACGAACACUCCGUCAACUAUAAGCCACCUGCCCAGAAGAGCAUCCAGGAGAUCCAGGAGCUUGACAAGGAUGAUGAGAGCCUGCGCAAGUACAAGGAGGCACUGCUUGGUGCCGUCACCGUGACUGCAGAUCCCAAUGCUCCAAAUGUGGUGGUGACCAAGCUGACUUUGGUCUGCACUACUGCGCCGGGCCCUCUGGAGCUGGACCUGACAGGUGACCUGGAGAGCUACAAGAAGCAAGCAUUUGUGCUGAAGGAGGCUGUGGAAUACCGGAUAAAAAUCUCCUUUAGGGUUAACAGGGAGAUUGUGUCGGGGUUGAAGUACAUUCAGCACACGUUCCGGAAAGGCGUGAAAAUUGACAAGACCGAGUACAUGGUUGGGAGCUACGGCCCCCGAGCAGAGGAGUACGAGUUUCUGACCCCCAUGGAAGAAGCCCCUAAGGGCAUGCUGGCCCGGGGCAGCUACAACAUCAAAUCCAAGUUCACAGAUGAUGAUAAGACUGACCACCUGUCCUGGGAGUGGAACCUGACCAUCAAGAAGGAGUGGAAGGACUAGCCCUUCCCAAGGCCAAACCCCAGAGAGCGUGAAUCAGACAGUGGCUACCGUAGAAAUCCCCCCCUGUACCAAAGUGCUGACAUUGGACCCCUCUUACCUUCCACCCCCGUUAUAAUUUGACCAGAGAGCUCAGUUUUGUAACAUGCCCCCUCCCCAGAGAAUCACUGAGUCCAUUGACCAAACCGUGCUGUCUGCAUCUGGUCCCCAGCUGCCCGUCGCAGGGCCGUGCUGUCCCAGCAGGGAGGUGGGAGCGCUUGCUCCCUCGCCAGCCCCUUGGCUGCUGCUCACCUUCCUGUGUCCCAGUAGGCGCUGAAGGGGAGAGAGUCCUGUGCGGGAUCCUGCGCUUGCCUUUCCUGUGCACAGCUCAGGGUAGCUCCUGCCUCCAAGCAGCUGAAGAACUUUGGUGCCAGGCAGCUGUUGAAUCCGUUUGUUGGUUAAAAUCAUGUCCAGCCCACCCCUUCCACCCGGUCAGUGUCCUGGGAACGCUGGCAGCUUCAUUUGUGGAUGUCCCCUGUAACCAUGAUGCCUUAAUGUGUAACGCGUAUCCUCUAGGGAGGGGGCCCUGCCCUCGUUACACUUUUUAAAUGCCACCCGCCCUCCCCUUGUUUGUUGGCAUGGCACUCCUCUUGGUCACGCCCCUCAUGGGUUAUUAGGAAAGAUUCACAACUUCCCGCUUCGCUGCUGGUCCGU